AUGAAACAUAAGUUACCGACCUGUGUUUCCCCAUCAUCCUCCAAGCUUCGCAGAUUGGAUGGUGGUUGUUCACAGGUCGAGAAGACGAACUCAGUUAACUCACUUCUCAAUCUCAGUGCCAAAGUAGUUGCUGAAUACCUGCCAUUUGAAUAUGUGGAACGCAUGUUAGUUCAUGUUCCGGAACCUGUUCAAGAAAAGAUUAUUUACUUUUCUUUUCCACAACGAGACAGCGACAUUUAUACAUAUGCAAGUUUUCACACAAAAUAUGACAAAACCCGAGAUAAGAUUCCAUAUUACCAGGGCUUGGAAUAUUUUCAGAAUAACUGCGUGGAGGAUGUAAUACAAAUAGGCUUUCAUUUAACUGGUUCUGUGCGCCAACAACCUGCCUCAUGCGUUGCUGGGACACAAGGAAAUAAGUUCAAAGUUUCUAUCACUUUUGACAGAUGCAAAAUCAUAUCCGUUUGCUGUGACUGUGGCAAUAAAGGAUUACCAUGGUGUCCUCAUGCUGUUGCUCUGGCUAUAUUUCGCAUACGACAACCUCAGUCUGUGGAUUAUCGUUCACCUAUUUCUGAUGCCCUGGUAUGCAUGACUCGUAGUCAACUACAGAAGUUUGCUCAAUACCUAAUUGCUUCACAUCCAAAUAAAAUUUUACCCAGUGCACAACGACUCGCCGACCAGUUACUACAACCGGAAUCAACUAUUAAUAAAACGUCAGGCGCACCUGAUCCAACUGCCGGUGGAAGUCUACAAGAAGUAGCUGCAUGGUAUCUUGAUGAAGCUGGUGUUCGUGAACAGCUGCGUACUGAAUUGACUCAUCUAGCUAGUAGUAGUAGUAGUAGUAGUAGUAGUAGCAAUACUACACUUGUUGGAGGACUAUAUGGAGGUGGUGGUGGUCAGUCGGGUUCCUCUCAGCUUUCUGGAUCAAAUACGGCUGCAUCAGCUUCAUCAGUCGCUAUGCAACGAUCAAACAAUUCACAUCGAUCACAUCCCAGCUCUUCAUCUUCAUUGGAUAAUAAUAAUAGUCGUGGUGUUGUUAGAAAUCAAAGCGAUGCUGACCAUAAUUCCUCACCUACUGAAGAAGUUGGCCUGGACUGGUUACUCAGAUAUCGUCGGUUAACAUCAAAUCAACAAAAUUUGUUUAUCGGGGGUACAACAUGUACAAAUGGUGGUUACACAACAUUAAAUGAUUUCGACUUUCCAUCAUUAUCAUCAUCAUCAUCAUCUAGUAAUCACGGCGCCACAGCAUCAUCAUCAUCAUUUGAGUCAUCCCUUCUUCAAUCAGAAUCAUCUCUGGCCAACACCAACCGUGUAUAUUAUUCCACUUCACCACCUUUUCAUCUAUCCAAUUCAUUUGAUAUUGAUCGAAGUGUUGUGCAUAAUCAUUCCAAUACUACCGCUAACGGUAGUAAUAGUAGUAUGCAGUCAAGUGGAACACAGAUUGCUGCCAUGUUUGCUAAAGUCCGCGAAUUAUUGGCUAAACGUGAUUCAAACGGUCCCCGGCUGUUAAGUCUUAUCACAGAAGAGCUGUUGAAUUGUUCAAAGUUGCCUCCUUUAAAAUCAAGACGAAAUAUCCGGAAUUCGACAAUCAACGUCCCGAAUAGAUCACAAACAAUUCCUGUAAUCCGUUCACCCCAUAGUCAACUGACAUCUGAGCGUAAUUACUCCAGUGAAAACCUAUCUUCAUCAUCGUCAUCGAAUCAUACUUCGUCUCAUUUGUUGUUUAGUCAGCCUCCACCAUGGACUACUAGACUCUGGGAAGAAGUCUGUCUGCUAUGGACACUUGUAAUCCUAAGCCCUGAUUGUAAUGCUGAGGCGAAAAAACAAUGGCGUUAUCGACUUCAAAAUUGGGCGCGAGCUAGUCGAAGUCCAUGUGACGACUGUUAUUUACUUCCUAAUCAUUUUUUCUCGUCUCUUCAUGAAUUCUCGGAUGUCGAUGACGAUGGUCUUGGUCAAAAUCAACAACAAUCUGGUCAACAGCAGCCAACACGUUCCUACCGUCGUACUUCUGUAUUCCGCUUGCCCAUAGAAGUCAGUUACAUGUCAUGGGAUGAUGUCUGGUUAACGCAUUUAUUGUCUUUUAAUAAUAUGAAAUCGGAUAAAAAUAAUGAAGAACUCAGUGAAGAUAAUAUGACCACCAUCACUAGCAAUCGUCAAAAUCAUCAUUCAACAAAUAUUUCUUUUCCUUUGGAUGAUAGCAACAGUGACUGUGAUAAUAGAAUAUUUAGACGACCGUCUUCAGUAGUAAUGACACCAAGACGAGCAAAUGCGCAUCAUAAUCGUUUAUUUCAGACUAAUUCGCCUGUAGGAGGAGGAGGCGGCGGCGAAUGUCAUUGCCCGUAUUGUGAUCUUUCAACCUCUCUGACUGAACCAUUCCCCCUGCUGUGUUUACGUGUUGCUGCUCUACGUAGUAAUGGUUAUUUAAGUCAAGCUUUACAACUUGCUGUAUUCAUUAGUCAACGUUUAUUACGAUCGGUGAAGGCGAAAACUGCACUAGCCGCCUCGACAUUAAUCAAUAUGGUGGGUAUGCGUAGUCCACCGCAAACAUUUUCUCCACACAUGUCUUGGAAUAAUAAUAACAAUAAUAGUAAUAAUUAUUAUUAUCCAAAUGAUACAUUAAAUGCGCGUCGGACACUGUUUAAUACACCGCCGCCUAAUGGACAAGGAAUUCGACUUUGCACUGGUGGUAGUUUGAAUUCACACAAUGGAAUGCAUUCGAAUUCACGUUAUAUAUCCUCAGCCAAUAUGAUGCCGUCAUCUCCUUCGAUUAUUUCAAAUCAUGGCAAGUACUCUCCUUCAAAUCGUCUUACCUCUCCUCGUCCAGCAUCCCUAUCGCCUCCAGUUAAUAAUGUGAGCCAUCAUCAUACACGUUCAAUUCCUCCGCCUCCUCCACCUAGGCGUCUUGGUCUUUCACCGAAUUCAAAUCACAGUCCUGGUCCAUCGUGUGCCAAUCACCAAUCUAUUAAUAAUAAUAAUAUUGGCAAUAGCAAUAAUAAUAACUCUUGGUCGAGUCAGUCGCCUUAUUUGUUUAAAUCCCCUCCUAGUACAUCUCAGCAAUACUUAAAUCACUGUUCCCCGUCCUCAUCCUCAUCAUCAAUAUCUCCAGUUCCAUUUCAUAAUUCGUUGAAUACAAAUCACGUCUAUCUCAAACCGCAGCAGCAUAUGCCUUAUUCAAAUUCCCCUUACUCAUCUGCUUGUUCAUUACAUACGCAUAACUCAAACUGUGGCGGUAGCACCAUCAACGGGAAUAGCACAGCAAUGAUGCAUCCUGUUCACUAUAAUAAUCGUGCAUUAUUAACUUCUCCUACGCCUGGGGGGAAUAGAUCUCUCUCCGCAAGACCAUUACCGUCUCCUGGUAGUGGUGGUGGUGAUUCCUUUCCAGGUGUUGGGGGUGAGACUGAUAUGAUGAAUUGUGGCCUGAUUUCUCCAAAUUGUCCUUGUCAUACGGCUGAUAUCGGUUGGAUUGGUCUACCAGGUCGACCGGUGAUUUGUUUAGUGGAAUGUUUGCUGGAUGCAGCUGCUAUUGUCGUUGAAGCGGCGAAUCAUCAUCACCAGGCGCCUCCUAUCAUCGCUUUACCAGCCUGGGGUCAUAUGGAGAAGGCAUCAUUCUACUUGUGUCUGGCAGUGAAAGUCAGUUUAUUAGCCCUAUUUCAACAAAGACCUCCAGUUGGUUCAGUGAGUCGAUUGUUGGCAUGUCAACAUCAAGAGGCACGUCUGUUAACCCUGUUAAAUACAAUCCCUAAAGAUGUGACAAUCGCCUUAGCAAUGUGUGAUACUCUGUGUCAAUUGUUAGGUCCACCAAUAUCAUCAUCACGUUGUCUAGGCAGACUGGAUCAUUCUCCAGUGGUGCGUUUAUGGUGGUGGUCUGCACUUGGUUUUCUUGUCCAUCCAGACACUUAUCCAGUUCAUGCUGUCGCUGAAUUUGUCUUAAACUACCUUCUGGAUACCCAGAGAUUGAAUCAAUUGUCAUCAUUUACAACAUGUUGGUCAGGUUAUGCUAACGGAAGCAAUAAUAAUAAUCACAUGUCAUCGGUACGCAUUGAUGAUAUGGUAUUCACACUAGUUAUACGAGCUAUGCGGUUUUCCAUCCCUGAAAAUUAUAUGAUGGAUACCUCUGCAACUGGACCAGGUUUGAUGCGGAGUAACAGUUCCCCACAGUUAUCAAUGGGAGGUGGUAGUAGUGGCGGUGGCGUUAGUCAACGUACGCAUUAUAAUUAUCGUGGUUGGGGGGAUCACUUCAAUAAUGGUAAUAAUAAUAAUCAUCUCAGUGGUUCUAGCAGUGGUGGUCAUAUUAUUCCUGCUGGUGUUAGAAGUGGUUUAGAAACGGCACUGGCUGUAAAUACUGAUCAAGUCAGUGAUCAGGAGUUCACCAGCAUGACUACUCCCUCGAUGAUAACAUCUACAGCUGGUGGGGAUCCUGGCAAUUUUGAUCAUCAUCAAAGGUAUUCAUAUCUACCAACUAACAACAACAACAACAAUGCGAAUCCUCUGUUUCAUUGGGAACACCAACACCACCAACAAUCAUCUGCUCCUGAGGGGGGUGGUGAUCGCUUUCUUAUGACUACACCUAAAAUCUCUUCCCCGCCUUUACCAUCUGCUUUCGCCAUUUCUACACAAAAUUUUCUUAAAUCUGUCAAUGGAACUGUAAACAUGAAUUCUCCGACGAGUAGUAGUAGUAGUAGAAAUCUUUGUGAUCAUCAGGCUUAUGUCGAUAAUUGUCGUUGGUCAGUACCACCGGUAAUAAUGCCUUCAAUCGAUGAUCAUGGUGGUGGAGAGGUGGUAACACCUUUUUCUGGGCUGGCACCACUAUUUACUAUCAUGAGAAAUAAUAUUCGAAUACGUAGAAAUCGAUUUUCAUCAACAAUCCUAGAUGACAAUCAUCAAACAUUUAAUAGCACUGGGAGUGGUAAUGGUAUUGUACCGCAAAAUCAAAAUCUGCAAUGUCGUCGAUGUUUAGAUACAUUGAAAAUUCGUCAGAGUCGAUUGGCUGUCGCGUUAAUUCGUGUCUCUAAAUCACUUAUUCAUCGAUUAGAUCAAAUUGUACAGAUCUGUGAUCAAAAUAUUGAUUCACCAGUGACGCUGUUGGUUAUAUCUCAACAGGUUUUUGCAGAAGCAUUUGGUUGGAAGUUGACAGCAACAUCAUUAGACCGUAGUAAAGCACCUGCUAACGACAAUACCUUGCAUGAUAUUUCUCCCUAUUAUUCUGGAUGUCCUUGUAGUCAUACUACACCCACCCAUCAUCCCAAUCUAAUUCCACCACCGAAUUUAGCAACUCAUUCAUUGGAAGAAGUGUCCUACAUCACUCGUGAUCGAAUUCACCUGUUGUGUACAGCGUUCCAUUUGACACUGUUGGCGAUGAUUCGUACACUUAGUAGUAGCAGUCGAUCAUGUCAUUGGCGUCGGCAGGAGAUGUUAAAAUGGGCAGUCGCUAUCGCCCUGCAUGUUGGCCCAUUUGCCUGCCUCUAUCUAAUCAACCAUUGGUCGUCAUAUGUGAAUGCUAAAGAGGCGGUUAUUUGGUUGGCUCCAGCUAUCCUGACUGCUAUGGGGAAUUUAAAUUCACUGCCGGCAACAACACCAUCUACCAAGGUAUUGGCUGGUCAGUCAAAUCCUUCUACUGCUAUUCUAGAGGAUGAUAUCUGUUUCGAUCAUUCGCUAUUCUGUGGUUGUUCAAAUUGUCAUGGACCGUCGAAUAAUGACCCUCAUAUGGCUUCUUCGCUUUCACUUGGCGAUAGAAACUGUCCCAUGUGGUCAUCCAUGUGGCAUACAUUUUGUCCAACGCCAUUCACAACGAUAAGAAAUCAUACAAUAUCAAUUUCUACGGCGGCUCAAUUACUUGGCACAACUGUCGCGUAUUCUAAGACUUCACGUGAACAAAUAACCCAUGCUGUGCGCCAUAUGGCUAUCCAGGCUGCUGCUAAAGAUCCAGUCAGUUGUUCUUUACCAGCAUUACAUUUUUCUGAAGAAGAUUCCUCGGCUUUUGAAACUGUCUAUCGUCUGGUGUUGGAUGCUGCGGAGGCAGGUAGUAUUGGACCUGUCCAGUUAUUCUCACUAGCACGUUAUAUGGAUAGUCAUGGAUGGGUAUGGAGAGCAUUUCCGUUAGCACUGCAUGCAACACGUUUAUUUGUCUUGUCAUCAACUCAGGAAGGUCAUCCUGUUGCCAAUGAUGUUCUCUGGGCAUGCCUGUUAGGUCAUCGGCUUGGUCCAGUUGCAUUACAAGAAAUAUUAAAACAUGUUAUUCAUAAUAUACAUUGUCCAACUUUACUAACAGAUAUCCUGCACAGAUGUCGUACUAUCCCAUAUGGAAUGAAUUCGAUAUCUCCUGUAAAUUCGAAUGUGAAUCACCACCACCAACAUCAUCAUCCGAUCAAUAAUAAUAAUUGUUGUUGUUGUACCAAUAAUAGUAACAAUAUUAACAUGAGCAACAAUAGUAAUGGCACUAAUAAUAAUACUACUAAUAAUAAUAGUAAUAAUUAUGUUCAUUCGAGUACAAUAGAUCAGUGUGUACUGAUGAAUAACAAUCAACCAACCAAUUCAAUACACAUUGGACGUAAUCCGUGUACAACAGCACAUUUUUGCCACGCAUCACACUACAUAAACAACAAUAACAAUAGUAAUAAUAACGCUAAUCAUCACAAUAGUCCAAUAGGUGUUCCAGUUGGUACUACAAGCAGAUUAUUGAGUCUGGAUCGACCACCAUUGAAAGGAUUAUUGGCUGCAGCCUUGAAUGCGUUCAUCAAAGCGACACACACAAGAUUGUCCAAUAUUAGUCCACAGAUACCUUUCAUUUACUACGACCUGACGGACCAUUGCAAUUCCGACAGUGGGUUGAAUUUCUUCGACAAACGUAUCGAGGGAAACGGAAAUUGGUGUCGCUGCUGUCUGAGCGAUUCGAUUGAUGAUUAUCUCUAUCAUCUUCUUAUCUUCUUCUUCUUCUUGUAUUUGUAUUUGAUCACAAAUCUUAUCCUCCUAUCCUGGAAGAAGAACACAUCACAUAUGACUGAAUGA